AUGAACGAGGUGGUGGAGACCCUGAGGAAGAUCGAGGAGAAGUACAAGCUCUUCCAGCAGCAGCAGUUCACGUUUAUCAGAGCCCUGGAGCGCACCCGGGAGGAAGCCCACGAUUUGAUCAGACCUGUGUCAUCCAUUGUCCAGGUGCAGUGCUACAAGGACCACCACUGCUACAACGCCACCGACAGGCGCAUCCUCAACAUGUUCGUGUCCAUCUGCAACGAGCUGCGCUGCCUCUGCCGGAGGAUGGAGACGGUGCACGCUGGGGACAGCGUCACCAAGGGCCUUUUGGAGAAGUGCAAAGUGCUCCUGAACGACAGCAACGACCUCACGGCCCUUCGAGCCACCUACCCCCACCGUGUUGUGAACCUCCUGAGCCUGGAAGAAGCGAGGCACCGCUACGGAGGGGUGGUGAGCGUGCUGCCCAUCGUGAUAGACAGCAUGAGGGAAUGGGUCACCCACUCCAAGAGGAAGCUGCUCUGUGUUAACAGCUCCCCUUACACCUGUUGA